AUGACCGGAAUCAAUUUAAUUACGUCCGCUCCAGAAGUCAACAGUUGGGCUGAGGCCGUUGAGCAAGACAGUGCUCCACAUAUCCAGGAAGGUGCCGACGGAAUUCGCACAGAGACCGCGUUCACCGAAGUCGAUGGAGUCAGAUAUAAGGUUGUCACCCAAUUCAAAGUCAUCAACAAGCGUGUGCCGAAGGUGGUAGCCGAUCGCAAGAAGUGGGUGAAGUUCGGAAGCUGCAAAGGAGAACCAGCAGGUCCACAAGUCGCCACGACGUACGUCGCUGAAGAAGUCGAGAUGCAAUUCACCAGAAACCGCGCUGGAGAGCAGAUUCUCGACGUGCAGGAGGAUAAGCAGGCGGCGAAGACUACGAGCCGUGAGCAUUGCCGUCACUGCAAAGGAAACGAUCACUGGAGCACACAUUGUCCGUACAAAGUCAUGUAUCAGUUGGACGAGGAGGCCGACGCCAACCAGGACGCGGAUAGCAAGAAUGCGUUGGGACUUCGUGGUGAUGGACGUCAAAUGGAAAGAAACCGCUCCGACGAGAACACGUGCCGAGUCACAAACCUCCCGCAAGAGAUGAACGAGGACGAGCUCCGUGACGUAUUCGGACGCAUAGGACGCGUCAUUCGAAUCUUCAUAGCCCGCGACAAGAUCACCGGACUGCCCAAAGGAUUCGCGUUCGUCACAUUCGAAUCGAGAGACGACGCCGCCCGUGCCAUCGCCGAGCUCAACGACAUCCGGAUGUAUCACAUGGUUCUCAAGGUCGAGUGGACUCGUCCGAGCAACUAA